AGUAAUAUCUCCUGGAAGUUAGUGAUUAUUUUUAUACUUUUUCAUCUGUAGGUUUCCUGAGUGACCUGAUGAACAAACACAAUCUAACGGUGCUGAAUGAGUUUAUUCUAAUGGGAAUCACAGAUCACCCUGAGCUGCAGGCUCCAUUAUUUGGAUUCUUCCUCAUUGUUUGCAUGGUCUCUUUGAUGGGUAACCUGGGCUUGGUCAUCCUCACCAUGAUAGACUCUAGACUACAUACACCCAUGUACUUUUUCCGCAGACAUUUGGCUUUCACUGAUCUUGGUUAUUCAACAGCUGUUGGACCCAAAAUGCUAACAAAUUUUAUUGUACGUCAACAUACAAUUUCUUAUAAUUGGUGUGCUACACAGCUAGCUUUCUUUUGUAUACUUAUAGUUAGUGAAACUUUCAUUCUUUCAACAAUGGCCUAUGACCACUAUGUGGCCAUCUGUAACCCUCUGCUUUACACGGUCAUCAUGUCAUCAAGAGUAUGCCAGAUGCUGGUGGUCAUACCUUACGUCUACAGUGUCUUUUUGUCUCUUCUGAUGACCAUAAAAAUUUUUAUUUCAUCAUUUUGUGGCUAUAAUGUCAUAAGGCAUUUCUACUGUGAUAGUCUGCCCUUGAUAUCUUUGAUCUGUUCAAACACAUAUGAUAUUAAAUUGAUAAUACUGGCUUUUUCAGGAUUCAAUUUAGUUUUAUCCCUUCUGAUAAUCCUUGUCUCUUACAUGAUGAUCCUUGUGGCCAUCCUCAAGAUGAACUCUGCAGAGGGUAAGCUCAAGGCUUUCUCUACUUGUGGUUCUCAUUUGACAGUGGUAGUUGUAUUCUAUGGAACUCUAUUCUUUAUGUAUGUGAAUCCCAAAUCCAGCCAUUCCUUUGAUACCCAUAAAAUGGCCUCUGUAUUUUACACCAUGGUGAUACCUAUGCUAAACCCCACAAUUUACAGUUUGAGGAACAAAGAGGUAAAAAAUGCUAUAGAUAGAACCUGGAAAGUGUGUUCAAAUAUUCUACUUAAAAUUAACUGUAGGUUAUAAAAAAAACAAUAAAUUGUAUAAUAGGCAAUAUAUACUACAUCAGACCUUCUUUUUGCCUUGUACUGUUUUUGUCUCCAUGGCAAGUCAAAAAUCAAUUAGUGAUAAGUAUAGAAAUAAUUUUUUUUUCCUUAUUUUACAGCUAGAUUUUAUUCCUUAGAGAUCUCUAACUCCUGCUUAUACUUCAGAUAUCAACUUAUAUUUGGUUUUAAGUU